AUGGCAUCAUCUUUCAUGAAUGAGUUUGAACAUCUUAGAAUCCGACUUGAAGAGAUUAAAAAAGCUACUAAUAAUUUUGGUAACAAGGUUAUUGGAUCCGGUGGAUUUGGGGCAGUGUAUGAAGGGGAGGUGUCACUUUCUACUGGGAAAAGCAUUGUCGCUAUCAAGCGUCUGAAUCGUCAAUUUGGGCAAGGAGACCCCGAAUUCCUGAAAGAGAUAAUGUUUCUUUCCCGGUACAGGCAUCCAAAUCUCAUUUCUCUCUUGGGGUUUUGUGAUGAGGAACGCGAGAAGGUCCUUAUAUACGAAUACGCACCUAAGGGAAGUCUUGAUAGGUACUUAAGUAAUUCCGGUCUUACAUGGACACAACGUAUUAAGAUAUGCCUAGGGGCUGCAAAGGGUCUAAGUUACCUACAUGAUCCUAGAGGGACAUACCAACGAGUACUCCAUUGUGAUAUAAAAAGUGCCAAUAUUCUACUUGAUGAGAAUAUGACUGCUAAAGUUGCUGACUUUGGAUUGUCAAAAAUGGGCCCUGCAAAUCAGCAGCACUCAAUUAUUUUCACCAACGCCGUGGGUACUCCAGGCUACUGUGAUCCGCUAUUUAUACAGGGAUCCACCCUCACAAAAGAAUCAGACGUAUACUCUUUCGGCGUAGUCUUAUUUGAAGUUCUCUGCGGGAGAUUAUGCUAUCGAUGUAGCAAUGGUCGGCAUGAUGAGGUUUUCGUGCGCACGUGCAAACAAAGAUACACUGAGAAGAAGUUAGAUGAAAUUAUUUUCCAACAUCUCAUCCCUGGAAUGCAUCCGACUUCAUUAGAACUAUUUUCAGACGUUGCGUUUCAAUGUUUGCACGAUUCUCGUCAUGGGCGGCCUAUGAUGUCUAUUGUUGUGGAAAAGUUGGAGAGUGCACUCAAAUUUCAAGAAAAAUAUAAUCUAAAACUGCCAGAGGAGUACAUGAAGGUGUACGAGGAGAUAAUUAUGGCCGCCGUACCUCCUCUGAACUAUACAUCCGAAGAAGUGCUAAAGGAGCUUCUAUUCAAAGGGACCCUCCUUAAUGGUGGUAAAACGGUAAUUACAUAUCUUAAUUAA